GAUUUCUAAGGCACUUAUCCUCGAAGAGAUUAACUCGGGCUACGUCUCUACACAAGUCCGAAAGAUCUUUUCAACACGACAAAAGUUCUGCCAAGAGAAUAUAAGACGGGACGUCCCUUUAACUUACAAAGAGUUGGUCACUGAAAUCAUCACAAAGAGCGAUUUGGCCUCGGCUAUGCAAAAGAUCUUCAUCGACUUAAAAACAAACGGCGUCGCACACACAAAAAUGAAUAAGAAAUACCUCCCACCCAUUUCUUUGAAAAAUUACGACGACGUCUUCUCACAACAGUUGUUGCCUUAUCACUCGAUCUUUUUAUUUAAGACGUCGAAGGAGUGGAUAUCCUGCUUGACUAAUAGCGACGACUUAAUCCUCCUCCCCGAACAAUUCCCUCACAUCCAAAACAAAGGGUUCUUCGAAAAGGUCAAAAAAGUCCUUCAAGUCUCAACACCGCAAACUUCAUUACAAUAUUUAUCGAUGACCACGGAAAUACCAUUACUCGAAAUAUAUGAUGUUGUGAGGUAUUUGGUCUAUUGGGGGAAGGCUAAAGUCAUCGAAGCAGUCUUUUUGGAUGACGUCUACAUCUUAUCGCCUUCAAAAGAGACGCAGCCGGUGAAGACUUUGGCAAUGAGAUUUAAAGAAGAGUGUGGGGGCGACAUCACUAAAGUCUUAAACAGUUUCAUUGAGAAAAAGACUUUGGACAAAAUACUCGAACCAAUACCAGAAGGCGAUCAAGACUCUUUUGUUGAGGCAUUUACGUGGUUGAUAGCACAUGAUGUCUUAAUUCGAGUGAGAAAGUAUUUAUGUACUUCGAUGGAAAAACAGACUGAAAGAGAUUCCUCGAAGACAG